GACAUACAAACAUAACGGUUUGCCAGGUGGGAUCGACAUGUCAGGAGAACAGCUCCGAGAUGACUUACUGAAGCUAUUCAAACAACUUGCAGACAGAUCGGAUAGACUAAUACACAUUGGUACCUCUCAGGCGAAUGAGUCACUGAAUCAUAUAAUUGCAACAAAAGCACCCAAAGCCAAACAUUUUGGUGGAUCAGAGUCCCUGAAUUUCAGAGUAGCUGCCGGUGUGGCACAACUUAAUUGUGGACGAAAAUAUAUAGUUGACGUAAACGAAAACCAUGGACUUUCACCUGGAAAAGUAACAAUAACAAAUACAACUAGAGUAUUUUUAGACUGUAGAGGUCAAGCAGUGACGGUUGUAUCAAGUAUGGACAGAAUAUUCAAAAGAGAUUUAGAUGCUUAUUAA